GACCAUCUUCCUUCCACAGAACUUCCAGGGGCAAAGAAACGAAGGACAGGAGAGGUAAAAGGAAAAGGAAAAAAAGAACAAGGGAUCGGGAAAAAGAAUAACCUGUUACCGCUCGCUGUGCUACGGUACCCUUGCCGCCACCGAAUAAAUAGAGCUGUCCACCCGGCGGGGCAAAAGGUUCAAAAAAAAUUUAGAUUCGAACCACCAAACGCGCUAGUGCACUUUUUGGGCUUUAUAUGGGGAGAGAGAGUGUAGGGCAGCCGUGACGUUGGGGUAGACUAUUCCGGUAAGCUGUCUCAUUUGUUGGGGGCGGGUAGAGUCGAGCAACUCCUUUUACUUGGGAUCUUAAUUUGAUACUUAUCUUCCUUUUCGUCUCCGCUGUGCAACACCGUUGGUGAAGCAUAAGGUUUGGGUGCUUACAGGAAUCUCGCGUUAUUACCUACGCCUUCAUAUUUGUGGUCGAAGCUGUCUGUGGUGUGUGGUCUGGAUUGUAGUGGGUUCUCUUCUCCUGAGGUGGCCCCCCUCACCCCCCGGGCUUUGCAGCUUCACGGCCGGUCUAGAGAUUGCGAUAUCGGGAGUGCUGACGACCUGCAGGUUUAUCAAAGUAGGUGCGUUUUAGAAUCCCAUACGUUAUUCGCGCGUCCUGUUUUCCUUUCAUCCGGUGUUGUAAGUCGUUGAUUAGAGCCUGACCUGUCAUGUCAUCCCAUGGUGCAUAUGAAAAAAGCUCAACCGGGUUUUUUAUACCGGAUGCUUCAGUGAGUCCGGAAUGGUAUCUGCAGUACCGUAAUGUGUUAACAGGCUUAAUUCCACCCCAAACUGACUAGAUAUGUCAGCGGCUAAGUUACCCGGAACUAGGCAUAGCCGGACCUGUGGCCACGACAGAAGCAACUAUCCAGGUACCAUAAACAUCUGUGCUCCCACUUUCAGAUCCACCAGGACCCGCAUUUUUUUUUUAAGAAAAUAAUUGUGCGAUAAUAGGGCUACUUCUACAUUCUGGGGAUCUCAUUUUGGUGAUCAUAUAGCUAAUUGGAAAUUGUGGUCAAGCAUCGGAAAUAGGAGGUGGUACCUUUUCGCGAGCCGGAUAAAUGGUUUAUACUGUUCAAGUGCCGCUGCUGGCCGGGUCUCGGACUUGUAUCGAGUCUGCCUGCCUUGUUCCCUACCUAACAUGUGAGUACUUUCCCGGGCUGGCUUAAAUGGGGAACAACCUUCUGCGCGUUGAGGUAGUGGGUUUCCGCUCGGAGAGGAAUGAGGUGCCAUGAGCCCCCGGCGAAACCAUUCUUGUCUUCUCCGUUGUUGGAGGGGGACGGAGAUGCGCGGGGUUAGGCGAGGGAGAUGGGCAGGAGGGUUUUAUAAAAGGAGAUAUUAUGGAAUGUGCAGACGGAGCGGGAACCAGGCUUCUGAGUUGAGAGGUUGGGAGGUUGCUGGGAUGGUUGUCGCCAAGAUGUUUGCUCUACAACUUCUGAUGUUUCGCUUUUGGUAGUGGCUACUCAUCUGGCGGGGCGUGCGACACGGGUUUGCCUUAGUUCAUGGACGUUUACGGAUAACCUUCUCUCCGGCUCGAUUAUGGUAUGGGAUCCCGAUAUCAAUUGUUUUCGAUGGGGUUUGGUGGGUGCUCACGGUUUUCUGCAGAUACAAAAUGUCGCAUUCCAGAAAGUUAUAACAGUUUUCUAUGCUGUCGGAAGUACCUGGAGCGAGGGCCAAAAGAUUUCCGCCGUCUGGUCUGCUCAAGAUACGGGCGGGUAUGAGACAUGGGCUUUCUCGGGAGAAGCCGCUGGUGCGACGCAGUUUCACAUCAGGUAUGAUGUCGGUGGCAUAUGGUAGGUUUUUAAAAAUCGUCGAUUUGGUCAGCGGGGCGAUUGGGUAGACCUUUUGAGCCCUCAGCGAGGCAACACCUUCAGCGGGGCUUGGCGAUAUUUGGCAGCGAAGGCUGCCUCUGGUCAAGGACAGUAGAAAGCCAAGCCGUGCCGCACCUCGCUGAAGGUGUCGUCUUGCUGGGGGUGCCGCUUCGCUGAGGGCUCGCGUUCUACUAACACCAGACCGAAUACUGCAGCUACUACGACCCGGGAAAUAACGCUAAUUACCAGGUUCCUCCUACUACUACUACUGACGCAGCAACCUCAACUACUAGUACUAUGGCCUCUACUUUGGUUGGAUCUAGUACCAUAACUACGCCCACUCUCACUACUGCUGCGCCUCUUGUAAGCCCAAGCGCCCCUCCGGAAAUUAUCCCGUCCAAUAUCCCAUCAGAGCCAAUCCCUACUGUCCCCUCUGGGUGCGGAAAUUGGAAUGGACUGGACAACUGCCCUCGCGGUGUUUACACAUUCCCUGUCUCUGCCGAGAGGCGGCGUUGGCAGACUCCCCCGGAGGGCGGGGAUGGUUAUGUUAGAACGUUCCAAGAUUACCGCAGUCUCGUCGGGUAUCCCGAUAUCCAAUAUAGCCCAGACAGAACCCGAGCUGUCGUUGUUGUCAAUGCUGCUAGCCGUACGGGCGAGAGUUUAACCUAUUCCUUCAACGGUGCUACUCAGUCGGGCAAUACCUUCCAAGUUGAUUCUGGACUUGCCGGGAAAUUGGCUAUAACAGUGACUGGAUCAGAUGGUAGCACCCUGGUUCUCGAGCCUCUCAAUUUCAUCUGGCAAAAUGCUCCGUUAAUAGCUGCACAGAGCCGCUUCUCGGGUGGGCAAAAGGGUGGUAUCGUCGAGCUGUUUGGGUGGCCAUAUGACGAUAUUGCGAAGGAGUGCGCUUUCCUUGGGAAGGCUGGAUGGAUGGGCGUAAAGAUUUGGCCACCAACUGAACACGUUUGGGGAUCGCACUACUACGAGGGAGAUAACCAGUUUCGACCGUGGUACCUUCUUUAUCAACCCGUCAGCUACAGACUUCACUCUCGCAUGGGGACGAGGGCUCAGCUGCGAGCUAUGAUCCAGGCAUGCCGCACUGAAGGUGUUCGCGUCUAUGCUGACGCUGUUAUCAACCACAUGGUUGGCCAAGGCAGUGGUAGGUUUCCGUGCCCCCCCGGCAGGAAGUUUCAACUUCUCACUGUUAUCAGACAUCCAAAACCACAGAACUUCCAGUUGCAGAAACUACUCUGGUCACAAUGCCACGGACGGUUCUCCAUACUUUACCUCUGGGUAUAUUUCUAUAUAACCCUAGGCCAUGCCUGAAGCCCCGCUGACCUAUUUAGCAACACAUACCUUCUGAACCCGUAUACUGGCACUCGCCCUACCCUCGAGUUUCCCUCUGUUCCCUAUGGCCCAACGGACUUUCACUGCGAAAGAGGGUUGACCUCCUGGACCGACGGGCAAGUUAUCACGAAAGGGUGGCUUUUGGGCCUCACUGAUCUGAAUACCGAGAAGCCCUAUGUGCAGGAUAGGAUAGCGACCUACCUUGCAGACCUUUUAUCAAUCGGUUUCAGUGGCUUCCGUGUCGACGCAGCAAAACAUAUUGGCCCCGCAUCUCUGGCACAGAUUCUUGGCCGCUUAAAGACGAAGAUGGGAGGCAACAUGCCCGAAGAUUGGAUCACAUGGCUUGAGGUCAUCAUGGGCGGAGAAUCCAACCUAUUGGCAUGCAGUGGGGGAGAAUGGUCGUGGUACACCAAUCUCGACAACCAACUUAGGGCCGCCGGCCUUUCCUCCGCAGAUAUUGCCAAGGUCAAGGUCUGGAGUUCAGAUUAUCCCAAGGAGAUGCCGAUAUGUGGCAGAUGGGUUAUUCCGGCAUCCCGCUUUGCAAUUCAGAACGACGAUCACGACCAACAGAGUCCUGUAUUUAUCCCCCCCCCCGACCUAAUACUCUCUCUCUGUCCAUGGCUGUGGCUAAUAUCGCGCAGGGCUCCCCUACCCGUGACAUGUCUGACAGAGGCUCCGUCCUCAUAAAAGACAAAGAUGCCGCCAAGCACCGCCGCUUCGAAGUCAGGCUCUUCUCCCGCACGGACGCCAACUGGCGCAUCAAACUCGUCCUCUCCUCGUACUCCUUCAUGGGCAACGGCGCCUCCGGAUUCCCCGACGGGCUCUCUGACUGCUCCCUAUACACGGGCAACCAGCCCAUCUCGGCAUGUCUUGGUGUGCCUAGGGAUACCGCGUAUGUUGCUGACGCAUGCUCUUACACCAUUUCGCCGGGAAAGUACACGCGUGUGCACAGGGAUAUGCCGAUCAUUAAUGCCAUGAGGGCUUGGGUGGGACUCGCGUCCACGACUGCCGCAGUAUUGGGGAUUUCAGGAUGUUAGAGAGAGAGAGAGCGAGAGUCCGUUUCGGGUUUUUGUACGAGUGGUGGUGAAAGUUGGCAGGAUGGGGGGAAGUUGGGGAGUUGAGAAGUUUGUUUUGGAAAGUAAAUUGGAGGUUGGAUUUUAAAACUAGGCAUUCCGAUAGUGCCUGAUAGACUACCCG